AUGUCUCUACGGGAGGAAGGAGGAUCGCCGCCGGCGAAGCGACCACGGAGCUCCUCCUCCUCCUGUGCUUUCGAUGACAAGCAGACCGACGUGAUUCAGGAGAUGCUACGAAUGAUACAGCAGCAAAAUGAGAAGAUCGAAACCAUAUAUAGGAAGAAUCAGGAGCUCCAAGAAAAAGUAUCCAGCUUAACAGCGGAAAUAAGUGGAGUUGGUGGUUACCAUCAGCAAUUCCCUGCAUCUAGGAUGUUAUCUGAUCAGAACUGCAGCGUGCCACCAUUUCGAUUACAAUUCAUGAAUUCGUGCAGCAAAGACAAGUACUCUACGCACACAAUAGAAGCAGAUGAUGAAAGCUCCCUUCAGAUAGCCAUACAUGAUCAUAACAACAAGAUCGUAACAAGUGGCCCAUUCUCUUCAAUGAGAGUUCAGAUUGUGGUCAUCCAUGGUGACUUUGACCAUGAUAAUAGAGGACUUUGGACUAAAGAUGAUUUCGAUGGUAAAAUAGUGCAUGGACGACCUCACAAAGGAAAUUUGCUGUCUGGAGAACUGAAAUUUAGGCUGCAAAAUGGCGUGGGUUAUCUCCGUAGUGCCAAGUUUCAAGACAAUUCUAGUUUUGUUCCAAGCAAAAAGUUCAAGUUGGGGGUCAAGGCAGCUGAUGAAAGAAUCUCGGAAAGAAUUCAAGAAGGAAUAACUGAAUCUUUUUCUGUGAAAGAUGGUCGGGGAUACCUAGCAAAGAAGAAUCCCAAUCCAUCCCCAGAAGAUCCUGUAUAUACACUGAGUAAAAUUGCAAAGAAAGGUGACAGGCACAAGUCACUAGAGCAGAAUGGUAUCAAGACAGUGGAGGUCUUCUUAUCUUCCUACAUGAAGAGUCCAGAUGGUCUGCGUAAAAUUUUGGGAAAUGUUUCUGACAAAGAUUGGGACUUGAUGGUUAGUCAUGCUCAAAAAUGCAAUCCAAGACAAGGGGUUUACUCUAUUUGCCGUCAAGAGAGCAAUGUGUCUCACGAACAUGAGCCACUUUUUAGAAGCAAUAACGGCCAUUACCUUCAGGGAUCAUGCUCGAUGCAACCAAGUCAUACGCUACAAGAACAACUUGAAGUCCAAGUUGGAAGACACCAGGAGAUUUCUUCAGCGUAUAAUAAUGGACUAUCAUCUGGUGGAGUGCCAGUGAAUCUUCCAUAUAGCUCCAACUUCCAUCCAGACACUUCAUACCAGAACUUGAUGCACCAUGGACAACUUGAGGGCAUUCAAGUUGUCGACCCACAAGCUUCAUCCAUAGGAAAUGAGGCAAUGGCAGAUUCAUCCCUGGAUGGGCAUCAUGUUAAUCCAGCCGAUUGGCACGCAGAUGCGCAUUGGGACUCUACGGAAGAUUUGAUCAAUGAGUUCACGGCAUGGAGGGAGCAAUUCUACCCGUUAACUCCUGGAUCGGGAGGUUCUUGCAGUGCAGUGCAGCAAAACUGGGGCUGUUCGCCUGUCAGUGAAGCAGGUACUAGCAUAAGCUGCAGCGGCGUUUCGGCUGCGGCCGUGAGUGAAGCAGGAGGCAGCAGCAGGAGCCAGAGGGCAUUCUCUGCACCUGCCAGGGGAGCGGCCAGUGGGAGACGCCGCAGGGCACUCUCAUUUUCACCUGCCAGGGGAGCAAGCAGCAGCAGCAGCAGCAGCAGCCAUGGAUGGCCACCUCUGCCUCCAGGUCCACCGGCCUGA